GACGAAUCGACUUGCAGACGUGUUAAACUUGUGAAAUGAAGGACGUUGGUCAACAGCAGUUGCCAGCUUUGCUUAUUCAGUCGUCGAGAAUUAAUAGUUGGUUAUUGUCACGUAAAAUUAUACAGACGGACUAUCCGAUAAAACUGAAAGACAUAGAUUGCAAAGUCAACGACUACGUUAAUAAGUACCCAGAAGUUAAUAUUCCGAUUUUUGAAAGCCCAUGUAAAACUGCAUAUUCGUGUCUGUUGAAAUUUGUUUAGCAUUGUUUCUAGGAUGCCGUGAAUUUCUAGAAACCCUAGCAAAAACAGACAACAAAACUGACUUCUUCGGACGUUCUAGUCCGUUAGUCCGUGCAUGGACAGAAAUGCUCAGUUUGUUUCAGAAGAACAAUUUAUACUUGGCUGAAGUAGGAGAUUCGAUCAACGAGUUAGCAGCUGUGCAAAUCCCUAGGUGUAAAAUGUUCAUUUCAGACAGAAACAAAAAUUUAGUGGACCUACGCCAAAGGUUAAAGGAACAAAGCCUAAAUCUCAUCAGAAAAGAAGAGCUGUUGGAGAAGGUUUAUAAAGAAUUCCACGUUGAUGUCAAGGAAGAAAACAUAAGGUUGCGUCUUCUGGAGGAGGCUGGGAAAGUCCCUAUGUUUUUGACAGAAUUUGUAUACUCUCUCACUUUCCUCAAAACUGCUCUCCAGUUGUACGUUAGCUUCAAAAACUUUGUCUUGGGAGGUUUUCAGGAUGACUAUCACGAACCUGAAAAGUUUUAUGACUGCUGUCCCACCCUAAAACUACUAAUUGAUUCAGGCCAUGUUAUGGUGUUUACAUGGAAAAAUGGAUAUGAGCCGGAGCACAUUGAAGGAAGUGAUGAUUUUGUUCCCUUUCUUUUACAGCAGGAAAAAAUGAAAGUUAACCAGUUAUCAAUGGAAAUGAGUCAAAAUAUAUAUACAGAUUUAAAUGUUCCUUCUGAACUAAACGAGAUUUUGUGGGAUGAAAACGAAGUAGGAGCAAUAGAUUUUGGUCCUUUUGAUGUAGAGUCUGUGGAAAACAUUGAAAUUGAAAGAGAAGACGUGGUAUCAACCUCUUCAUCCGGAAUGCCAGAUAAUCCAAGCGUUGAUUCUGCCAGUCAGUCUAAUAUUCCAUCGUCAAUAAACGAAAGAAAACCAAUAGUUGCUUCUGGUGCAUUUGCUCGUUAUCUUUUAGACUCAGCUGAUGGACGUCAAGCUCUUUUAAAUGAUCUACUUGAAUUGAACGCCUUUCUUCAACGUUUUCAGGAGGAUUUACUCGAACGAUUAGAUAAUGAAAGUGAGCAUCGGCUCAGUAGAACUGGACGUAAUGCGUUCAAACCUUCCGGUGGUAUUGGUUGUGAUACCAUUCAGAAUAUUAUCAUACAGAAUGCUCCAAAUGAUCUUCUGUCAUAUACAUCAAAUGACAUAUCUAAAAUGAUUGAACUUGUUAAAGAAGCUUUGAAUAAGCUAACUACAAGUUCUUUGAGCCAAUUAAUGAUGAUACGAACUAGAAUAGGAUACUUGGAUCGAUUGACUUAUCGACUUUUGGACUAUAGACGUCAAGCAGAACUGGCUAGAACAAGAUGUAGUCAAACACAGAAACUGAUCGAUAAAGCAUUAAUGGAGCAACAGGAGAAGACAGCACAACUUGCGGAACUCAAGAACUCUUGUAAGAAGCUAGUUAGCUUUGUAAGUUUUGUGCAAUUCACUCACAUAUUACCACUUUUGUCUAUUUCAGUACUUUAAUUAUGUGUUUGUAAAUUACCUUUAACCUGAGGUGUUAGGUUAUGUAACUUUGAAUCUAUUUCGUACUAUUAAACUAUUAGACAUUUGUAUUCCUGUGAAAAUCAAUAUUCAUUUGAUUAUAACCCUGUCACGCAGUAUCAAACACUUGUUAGUAAUCACUCGCAAUAUAAUCUCAAUGAUUACCUAAUUCAUCAGGCUUUAUUCUAAUAUACAGUAAUAUUUAUACGAAAAUGUUAAACCAAUCAAGGCAAUUUGGGUCAGUAAUUACAAUGAAAUAGGAUAAGUCAUCACAUAAUAGAUAAAAGUACAAGUUGAUUGUAGGAAGGCAGGUGUACUGAUAGUAGGUAAGAAUAAGAAAAUACGAUAACAAGUCUUAUCAAUAGUUAAACAUUGGAAAUAGUAGGUUAAACAUGGGUAAAUGGAGUAGUCAUCACAAAACAUUAAAAUCAUUACGUAAUAAGAAGUGUGUAAAUAAUUAGAUAGUGAAGAAUGCAAACGGAAAGAGGCGGAUAAUUCCAAACAAAUAAUGGAUGUGUAAAUAAGGUUAAUAAUAGAAUACUACUAAUAGUAAUAAUAAAAGAAAAGUAAAGAAAAUAAAAAUGAAGAAAUAAAAAUUAAUCUUUAGUUAAGUGAUAACCGGCCAUGGAAGGGAUAGGGGAGUUACAAAUUUCUUCUGUACACAUAGAUUGGGGUUAUAUGUACGAAUUCCUAUGGCUUCAGCUAUAUGUAAGAGACGAGAAAGAACUCCGUUGGGAAAUGAUGCAGGUAUACGAUAGAUCACUCGAAAUGAUUUCGAUUUAUCUACCGCAUGACCACUAUCAAUAAGAUAUACCAGGAUUGAACUGCGUACUGUUUUUAUCUGGCCGUUGGUAAAUGUUCACUCAUUCGUUGGUUAAGUUGCCUGGUUGUACGCCCGAUAUAGCUAUCUCCACAGGAGCAGCUGAAUUUGUAGAUGCACGUUGAGGAGGCCAACUCAGGUAGCUUAUCCUUCGUUUGAGUAGACAUCGCUGGUCGACAAGAGGAAGUCAACGCAAGAUUGGCUGCGUAAAAUGUUCUGCUGAUUACUUUCGUUAACCUAUAUUUCAGAGUAUCACUAGCCACAUCCCCGUCGAAUUGUAGUUUCAUGUAUAAAGGUUUCUUACGAACUGUCGAAAUCUCGGACCUGAGUUGGCUUCCUCAAUGUCAGCGAUUGAAAUUCAAAUAGCUCCAAUCGCUGAGAUUGUUUCAAAUAUAAUUUUCACAUAUAGUGACUUCUUCCUACUCGGCGCCCGAUUUCUGUCGAACUAUUCGUUCUAAUCUUGACGAAUAUUCGUAUAAAGUACAUAUUCUUGCUUCAUAAUUUCAGUUGGAGGAUGAACUAUCAAGAAU